GUCCUUGCCUUAAACGACAACCAACACACUUCCAGCCGACUCUGCGCAUUUCUCAGCAGUAGGCUUCAAAAAUGGAUUACCAGAAUCGAGUUGGUUCCAAGUUUGGAGGAGGAGGUGUUGCCGGAGCGUCCGAGACCAAUGUUGAUAGGCGUGAACGUCUUCGUAAGCUCGCGCUCGAGACGAUUGAUCUAGCGAAGGAUCCGUACAUCCUCCGCAACCACCUGGGCUCCUUAGAAUGCCGUCUAUGCCUGACGCUUCAUACAAAUGAAGGCUCAUAUCUUGCCCACACGCAAGGAAAGAAGCAUCAGACCAAUUUGGCUCGCCGAGCUGCUCGCGAUCUCAAAGAGACGCAGUUGAUGAUCGCGCCGGCACAAACCAACGUGCAGCGUAAAGUCUUCUUGAAAAUUGGGCGGCCCGGUUACCGUGUCACCAAAGUUCGUGACAGGGACACUGGUAAAGAGGGCAUGAUGGUCCAGGUGCAUCUGCCGCAAAUCAAGCCUGGUGUCAUCCCUAGAAGGCGGUUCAUGAGCGCCUGGGAGCAAAAGAGAGAACCACCAAACAAAGCAUAUCAAUAUCUGAUAGUCGCAGCUGAGCCGUAUGAAACCAUCGCAUUCCGCAUACCCGCUCGGGAGAUCGAGGAUGAGUCGGAUGAUGCUGGUUAUUGGAAUUGGUCACACUGGGACCCCGAUACCAAGCAGUACAGUUUCCAGUUCAUGUUCCGCCUUCACUACUAAUUGUAUGUCCCAUGACGCGUGUAAUAUAUUCUCUUGACAUGAUGCGAUGAUCAAUAGCCAGUGGUUUUCACAUUCCCAAGAUGCGCUACCAAGAAAUUGACGCAGAUUGCCCGGAGUAUCUAAAAGUCACACUCAACGAAUCCAUCAUAGCUUGAUGCCCCAGUAUGAGUGAUGCAAGCGCAGAAAUCACCAGAAUCAUCGUAAAUGACACGGUCGGCUCCGGGGCUGCCACCGACAUACACUUCGCCAGACUCGAGAGGGUAUUC